UGUGCGCGACUUAAUGGUCGGCGGGUGUGUAGGACAGGGGAACUAAGUUGGCAGGCGGGUGGUCUCGACUGGCUCACGGCGCACGAUCUGCCGCCGCUGCUGCUUGGUUUUUCACACAUCUUCCCGGCGCGGAUGACGGCCGACGCGACACAGUACGAGCACAGCGUUCGAACCGCACCGCACAAGAUUGCGCUGCGCGAAGCCUCUUCUGUUGCUGCAUUUCGUGGUGUUCUAAUUGGGCCGGCGAUUUAAUUAUUAAAUACUAUCUCGUUAAUAAUAAUAAUAAUUUUGUCGUCACGCGUUUCUCCCGCUUCGUACCCAUUAUUCUCGUGUCUACCGGUCCCGGUGCAGUUCUCGUCGCAAUAAUCACACGAAGAUCUGUGCCGGUCGUCGGCGGUCGCGUUAUCAUAUUGUUAUGAUUGUCAUCGUCGCAACGAUCCCGUCGCCGGCGGACGGCUAAUAUCCGUGGCGCAGCACGACUGUCGAAAACCGGAAAUAGCGGGCGCGCGCGACCCGGGAGGGGUUGGUCGACGACGGGUGGCGAAUGAUGCUUAAAUUUGUCACGCACAAACUGAAGACUCACAGCCUCGAAGAUCACCGAAGACCCUCCAAGUUAAAAACUGUUGACCACGAUUCUGGCACAGAGUCUGACGACGAACACAGUCCUGACAGGGAACCUAAAAGUACAAAACAAGGAGUACCUGAAUCUACUCGAUUAAUGGAGAACAUUGGGAGUGAAGAUAUGGUUGGUGAUAUGGAACCUACAAGGUCUUCAAGCAGUGGUCGCAGUAGUGUUGCAACUCCUGGUCCUUCCCCAUAUUUCUUAGAUUCUGCUUUACCUAGUGACUGUGAUCAACAUAGUUCUGAAGAAGAACUAGAAGUUAUAAAUAGUAAUCCUGAAGCAUUAUUGCAAGUUGAAUUACCUACACCAGAUCCAGAUGAAGCAAAUUCCUGCGGUGUUCCUGAAAAUUCUGUAGCACCAUUAGCUCGUAAACGUUGUCGAUCUGCUAGUGAAGCUGGAUGUGGAAACACAAUAGCUGUAAGCUGGUCAGGAUCAUCUGAUGAUGAAGUACAAGGACUUAUGUCAACCAGACCAACUCCAUUAAAAUUUUGUGCAUCACCUCCAUCUCAUGUGCACAAACCAGGACAGUGUACUAUAUCCUCUUCACCACCUUUAAAACUAGUACAUUUGUCACCUAGGCAAUCUGUAUCUUUGCCAAACUCUUCUCCACGUAAACGACACAGACAAAGGCACCAUCCUACUCGUAAUGUGCAGAGGCCUUGUUUAGACUUCGAAAAAAUGCAACAGCUUAAAUCGUUGUCAGCAACUUCGUGGAGGCAUACCAGUAAAGACCACAGUGGCGAAUUGUCAGUGUACUGCUGGUGAUUCCAUAUGAUAAAACUGUUGUUUAUAUAUUUUUCCUUCUUUUUCAAUUUUUAUUUUUACCUAGAAAGGCUGUAUUAAUAAUGUUUAAAUCGUUAAGUUCGCCAUAAUUUACUAUUUUUGGCCAAUUUAUUUGUGUGUUACGGUCCUGGGCCACGUGUUAAUUUAACAAUACUUUACUACAUAGCAUUCAAAAUGUGGUACGUGGUUCUUUAGGCGGCCUUAUGCAACAUGAAAUUAAAAUUAAAAUUUUAAAUUUUAAUAAAACUGAGUCAGUUUAUUGAAUUAUUUUA